AUGAAUCACAAUGACGGGGAGAGACAGAACGAACUGGGAGAACGAAAUCUUGUACUGAAUGAUCAAGCUGAAGGACUUCACCCUUUUACACCACAGGUUUUGAGGGCGAUUAUCCCAGAAAAUAAGAUGUUACCCCCAAUGGACAAAUAUGGAGGUUCGUCUGACCCAGUUAAGCAUCUUCAUUCAUUUGUGGAAGCUAUGGUUGUAUAUUCGUCGGACGAGCUAGUGUGGUGUCGGGUUUUCUCUUUGUCACUAAAAGAGGAGGCGUUGGAUUGGUUCCAUUCGCUACCACCGGGAACGAUUGAUGGUUUUGCCACAUUGAGGCAAAUGUUCAGCCAACAAUACGCAUCAAGCAAGACUCCAGGAGUAACGUACACUGCAUUAGUGAGGAUAAGACAGGGGAGAGAGGAACCCCUUAAAACGUUCAUGGAUCAGUUCAACCGUACCGUCAGACAAGUAAGGAAUGCAGAUCAAAGAUUGAUUGUGAGUGCACUGACGACAGCGUUAAGACCUGGACCAUUUUUUGAUUAUCUGCAUGCGGAAGAGCCUCAGAAUAUGGAUGAGAUGCAAAACAGGCUAGCGAGUUUUAUCCGAAUCGGAAAAGGAAGAGCUCAUCAAAGGGGAAGAGAAGAGGUGGAGCCACCGGUCAGAACGAACAGAGAGAGGGGUGUUAGACUGUCUUUUAGGAGAAAUGAUAGAAGAGCUGGUCACCGAAGUGGAGAUCAAACUAGAACUCAACAAUAUGUUCAUCAUACCCCCUUGAACGCCCCUCGAGUCAGGGUACUGAAGGAGGCUUUAAGAGCAGACUUAAUGACCGUAACCCGAGCAUCAACCCCAUUGGGCGCUGAUGAGAGUAAAUACUGUCGAUAUCAUCAGAAUAGGGGACAUACAACGAAAGAUUGUAUCACUUUAAAAGACAAAUUGGAGACUUUGGUCCAAGCGGGGCAUUUACAGAGGUUUGUCCAACGCCAAAGGGAAGGUUCUUUGAGCGGAACAGGACGACCUAAUCCGCGACAAGACCCCCCUAAGAGAAAUUAUCACCAGCGGCGUGAUCGAAGCAGGAGCAGAAGUCAAGACCACACGGUCAGGGGCAUCAUUAGUACGAUUUUAGGAGGAUUCGCAGGAGGUGGUUCAACCUCAGCUGCCAGGAAGAGACAUUUAAGAAACCUGCAUAGCAUCAGUCGUGCGGGGGAACUGAAAAGAUCCAUGCCCCCAUCACUUUUUCUGAUCAAGACUUCCAUGUGCCCGAUCUGGAGCAAGAUGAUCUGA